CUCUCCAUCCCGAACCAAUUCACCACAAGACGCCCCUGUGAGCGUCUCGACGCCACACCACAGGGUCGCCUUGCCCCGACGAAUACUCGCCCCAGAAAGGCACGGCGCAGACUGCGCAGCGACCUCCCAUCCUACAUCACCCUCGCUCGUCGGGUCCUCUGCGGAGGUCGACGAGCGUGGACGACGUCUCUGCCGCUAUGACGAUCUACUCGGACCCUCCCAGCCAUCGCGACUUUCGCUAUGACAAGCCCAGCCUUCUCGUCUGCUGGUGGGUGACCUCGUUAUGCGCCUGCAUCAUCUUGCUGCGGGUCGCGGGUCGAUUCAUCAGGACAGAGCGGUUGUUUCCAGAGGACCGAAUGGCGGCUUUGGCCUUGCUACCGCUCUUCUUGCGCAUGGCAUGCGUCCACUACAUCUUAUAUAACGGAACCAACAAUGAGGACUUUACUGGCGUCACAUCGAGCAGAGGAGAAAUUCGACACCGGCAGAUUGCUAGUGGUCUUGUUCUUCUGAGUCGCAUAAUGUAUGCCGCGACGCUGUGGAUUCUUAAAUUCACUAUUCUCGAGUUCUUUCGCCGGCUCACUGGCGUCACAUGGGAACGCUCAUCGCAAAAGGCACUCGUGGUCAUUCGAUGGGUGCUCAUAUUCACAUUCAUCGGCGUUGUCAUUAGCACACUGUCGGAGUGCCAACCAUUCACCCAUUACUGGCAGGUAACGCCUGAUCCUGGGGGCCAAUGUCGACAGGGCUACGUACAGCUUCUCACCACAGCCGUGUGCAACAUCCUCACCGACCUUCUGCUCGUCUUCUUUCCGAUUCCCAUCAUCUUACAAAGCAACAUGAAGAUCAAGCGCAAGAUGCAACUGACUUUGCUCUUCUCCCUCAGUCUGGGCGUUGUCGGCGUCACAAUCUACCGCGUGCCGCACGUCAUGUGGAGCCAUGGUCGCCAACAGUACCGGUCACUACUAGCCUCAGUCGAGAUCUUGUUUGCCUUCACCGCUGCCAACGCCCUAGUGCUGGGGUCCUUUGUGCGCGAUCGUGGCAUCAAGAAGCAAAAGUUUCGCAGGACAAGCGUGGCAGACUCGUUUGACCGAUCCAGCGGCGCGAGAAGGCCGACGCUUCAUCGCCAAUGGGGCAGCGACGAGGACCUGGUCCGCGAUGUUGGCAUCACACUCGACCCCGAACUUCGGAGUGCACUCAAAGGCAACGAUGUUCAGCCUGCGCCGGUUGGAGCGUCGCUAGGAAACGACAUUGAAACCUGGCAAUUUCCCAAACGACAGAACAGCGGCACGGAGAGAAGCGACGACUCCCUCAUCUCCACGCGCGACCUCGCGAAGCGAGAGUCAAUGACUACGCACAGACGGGUGUCGUUCUUUGAUGUCGGGGGCUUACUGGAGGACUCCGUGGGCACGAGCAGCAGCAGCUAUCGCCGUGAAAGCCACUCCUCAAACGUCGAUCCAUUACACACUCAUGCGCCGUCGCCUGCUCUGCCCGCCGGUACCUCAGGUUUCCGGCGAGGCUCGAGUGCGCUGCUACAGGACUUGGGUGGUCUGUUGACUCCGCACACUUCCAAUGUCACGCGACCCAAGUCGGGGAAUGGCACAGAGCUGCAGACGAUUCCUCAAUCUCGACAUGAACAAACAUAUAACAUGCACGGCAAACCAAACCCUGUUCUGAACGAUCUCGGCGGCUUGCUGCAAUAACAGCUUCUCACCAACCAUUUACGAUUUUCACUUGACAACAUGCAUUAUGAUACCAGGAUCAGGCGUCGGAAAGGAUUUUUUUUAUGCGAGUAUUAUACAAGAUUUAUUAUAUCUCUUCAGGCGGGCGCCAAAUGUCUGGCACAAGCGCCCAUAGGGGAUCUUCAUCGAUACAUGUAUAUACUUAUUUGGUGGGCUCCAAAUUGCAUUGCGCAAGAUCUGGGAUACAGCAAGAAUACUUACUCUAUGCUUUUCGGGAAACAGCGAGGAGCUAGGAUCGAGGGAUAUACACGCUUUGGAUUCGCAAGCAGCCGACACAGUUGCUAAGUUUUCAGCGACAUGGCGCAUCAGGAUAGCAUCGCCGAAGGAACAAGCAAGUUCAUUGUGCUUGGGAUAAUUCAAACAUAUUUAUACAAACGUUCCUAUAAUUAAUGCAGCCACC